UUUUUUUGAAUCUGUUCAGUUCAUGUUUUAGGACAGUCCUUCCGGGGCAGGGGCGGACUGACCAUUUGGAAACUCAGGCACUGCCUGAGGGCCCGGGGUCAGUAGGGGGCCCCAUGAGAUGCCCCUGGUACCUUUUUCAUAGGCUUUUUUUUGAGUUUGGGCAAGGACACAGGGGCCCCAUGAUCCCCUAUUUCCUGGGGGCCCCAUGAGUUGUCAGUCCGCCCUUGUUCCGGGGUCCACUGUAUUCUUUUACAUCCACAGCUCAAACCUUGAACUAAGAGGUAGAUAUUCGAAGGCAUGCCCUAAAAAAGUAACCGAAUACAUAAACUGUUUUGAGGCUUUUUUGAGUUUGGGCAAGGACACAGGGGCCCCAUGAUCCCCUAUUGCCUGGGGGCCCCAU